UGAUGUUACUCAGAGCAGAGCGCUAUCAGAGAUACUCACCGUCGUUAGGCCGCGCAAGCUUCCGUUGUCAAGUCUUUGUCCCGCUUUUUGUAUAUACACGUAUGCCUAUAUGUUAACUUUUUACACAGGAUUCCCUACUGGCUACCUAUAACAUGUCGUCUUCUGCCUUUUUUACGUUAUUUCUACCUGCAUUCCUUCUAUUUGGUCAUUGUACACAGGUGUUGACAGAUUCGCAGGGUUUCUAUAGCAACGAAGAUACAGUGUGGGUGGAAGAUGAAUUCGAUGCUGGAGCGCCAUCAAAUGCGACAUUGUCAGCCAAUGAGACUUCAAUCGGUAGUUCCUCAACAACCUUCGUCACGACGACUCCCAAUAUGACAUCCGAGAUGAACCAAUCAACGACAACUACUCAGAAAGUGACGUCGUCAAUGUCUCAACCAGGGACGUCCAUCGUAGGAUCUAAUACGCCAACGUCUCCCCCACGAACGUCCACCAUAAGAUCUAAUACGGCAACGUAUCUACCAGGAGCGUCCACAAUAGGAUCGAAUACGUCAUCGUCUCUGCCAGGAGCGUCCACAUUAGGAUCUAAUACGUCCACGUCUCUAUCAGGAGAGUCCACAAUAGAAUCUAAUAUGUCCACGUCUCUGCCAGGAGCGUCCACAAUAGGAUCUAAGACGUCAACGUCUCUGCCAGAAGCGUCCACCAUAGGAGCUAAUACGUCAACGUCUCUGCCAGGAGUGUCCACAUUAGGAUCUAAUACGUCAACUUCUCUAUCAGGAGCGUCCACAAUAGAAUUUAAUAUGUCCACGUCUCUGCCAGGAGCGUCCACAAUAGGAUCUAAUACGUCAACGUCUCUGCCAGGAGCGUCCACCAUAGGAUCUAAUACGUCAACGUCUCUGCCAGGAGCGUCCACCAUAGGAUCUAAUACAUCAACGUCUCUGCCAGGAGCGUCCACCAUAGGAAUUAAUACGUCAACGUCUCUGCCAGGAGCGUCCACUAUAGGAGCUAAUAUGUCAACGGCGGUGCCUGGCAAAACGGCCGCCCCAACAACAACCAACACAACGAAAAAGAUUACGCUUGCGCCAUCAAAUGCGACAUUUUCAGGCAAUGAAACGUCCACCAAUGGAUCUGCAAAUACGGCCAACUCAACAGCCUCACUUUCAGCGAUGUCCAGUCUUACACCCAAGAUCAACCAAUCAACUGCGGCCACACCGAAAAGCAAUGUUUCGAUGCAAACGCCGGGGACGAGAGCACUAGAGACGACAGAAACGCCACAGACGCCAGAAACGUCAGAAACACCAGAGACGCCAACAUCCAAACCGACGGAUACAUCGACAAAGAAGAGUGUAGGACAGGAAAUAAAGGAAAGAUUAGAGCGUGGUGAAGUGACCGCCAUUGUUCUACUGACGCUGGCAAUCGUCAUUGUGGUGGCCAUCUUUGUUGGUGUGGGUGUGUGUGUUAAAACAAGAAGGCAGAAAAGGCGGAACACUCUAUAUGACGACACAUACGUGUUUGGUGACAAGUCUAAAGAGAUCCACCAGGAACACCAAGAGAACGCAGCGUUCCGGCAGAUUGACGAAGAAGCCGAUUUACAGAUGACAGAUCUGACGGAAAUGCAGCCCAAUACGCCAAUCGUUGCCGGUUCAUCCGGUCAGCAGUGAAGAGCGUCCCAAUUAGACGUUGAAAACAGAUGCAUACUAGUAUCAUGUUACGAAAAGUGUUCGUACUAAGAUGUCGUAUAUUAAAAGUGCAGAGCAUACCUACCUGGGCCAGUCUGAUUGCAUGGCUCAUUAGUUCUUGGUUUAUAACCACUUGCUUAUUACACUAUCUCUUGCCGUCAGUAUCACGACAGUGUCUCCUGGUUGAGUAAGUGUGGUUCUAAUGUUGUAUUUAUUCCUACUUCAGUGAAGCAUCAUGUCGAAUGAAAGAAUGAAUGCAUGAAUGAGUGGGGUUUAACGUCGUACAUAACAGUUUUUUAGUCAUAUAACGACAAGGAGUCAUGAGGAGUAUCAUGUCGAAAAUUAGCAUAUACGUGCAUAGGCCCAGUAGGAUACUACGGUGAACAAUUGUUGCCUCUGUUUUUUCUGCAUGCCAGUUUUCUGAAACACUAUUCAGUUCUUGAAAUGUAAAAUUCCGCUAUAUCAAUCAACUUGCUUUUUCUUUAAAAUGAAAAUUGGGAAAUGCGUGACAUGUACUUGAGGGUCAUGCCUGGUGUUCAAUGGUCCAAACGCCCUUAUUGCUGCAGCAUUAAAUGGCCCUGUUUUCACGGAAGGAUUUUUGAAACUAUUAAGUGGUGAUCUUAAAUUCAGUGUUCCUGUCAUUAAUAUAGAAAUGAAAUAAGAAUAAGUGAACACUGUAACUUUUCAAUUCUUGAUGCACAUUUGCUAUCUUGUUGUUCCAAUGCCCGUUAAUACAUAUUUCGGUGGGGGGGGGGGGGGGGAGCUAUGUGGGCCAGGUGGUAAGCGGCGCAAUGAUCCACUAUAGCCUCUAAUGCGGUUACUGUGAGUUCAAUUCGAGCUCAAGCUCUCAAGCUUCCUCUCCGGCCGUAUGUGGGAAGGUCUGCUUCGGCUUCCAAAGAAAAAACUGACCGCCACCAUAUAAAAGAAAAAUGCUGUAUAGGGCGUUGUUAGGAGGUCUUGUUUUAUAUUUUCGUCGUCUUGGAUUAGAUCGCCUCGAUGGAUAUAUGAACAGUUGCAAUCAAAGCCAGGCAUGGAGGACACUGGAUAUAUGAACAGUUGCAAUCAAAUGCAUACUACAUGUGGUAUUUUGUUUAACGACAACAUAUAAGCUAUAUAUACCAUGGUACUUGAUUUGAAUUCCGAUUACUUUUAUUCCUUCCUUGCGUCUUUGCGGUGUCUUUUAAAAAUUUUGACAGCUCAAUUCUCUUUGCAUUAAUCCGUCUUAAUUUCGUACUUCAUAUACUUUCUCAGUUUUUUGGUGGUUUGUGUUGAACAAUUUUUAUGGAAAAGUCCUGCCGAUCAUCGACGAUUUUGUUUGACGGCUGGUAUGCGAAAACCUGUCCUGAGACUAACAUUUAUAUUAAUAUAUUAUCAUGGUACGUUAAAUUACGAUGGGUGUCACACAUAUAUUGCAAGUCAUGAUGAUGGGUUGCACAGAUAUGUGUGCUAUAUAUGGACCAAUGUAUACAAUGCGUCCACGUUUGCCUAUCUUGCCAAGUACUCCAUAUAA